AUGCGACUGCAGCCCAAUGCCGUCGCUCGCUCCAGACCCAUACAAGACUCCGAGAUGGAGCAGUUUCUAAGAGAGUGGAGGCAGGACGCUUAUAACAAGGCACAGUACGACUCUGCAAUUUUUGUCGGGGACAAGCUUCUGGCCCUCACGAACGACGACAAUGAUGCCUUUUGGCUGGCACAAGUCCAUUUUGCCACAGGCAACUACACUCGAGCGCAGGCAUUUCUAUCCCGGCAAGACCUCAUAAGCCGGAAUCCCUCGUGCCGAUACCUGGCUGGACACUGCUUCAUCAAGCAAUCACGAUACGACGAAGCACUCGCAGUUCUUGGAGAUCGAAAUCCCACACACCUGAUUGUCAGCUCUACAAACAAGCGCAAAACACAAAAGAACAGUGGCAAGUCGGACAAGUCCAGUCGCCGGCGUGAUGGCUCCGAUGAGGAAGCGGCCAACCGACGUUUCGAAGCGGCCAUGUGCUUCUUACGCGGAAUUUGCUACGCCAAACAAAACGCAUUCGAUCGCGCAAAAGAAUGCUACAAGGAUGCCGUGAGGAUAGAUGUGCAGUGCUUUGAGGCGUUUCAGCAAUUGAUGAAGAACUCGCUCAUGUCUCCUGACGAAGAAUGGCAAUUCCUCGAGUCACUCGACUUUGACUCGAUCAAUGUUGGUGGGGAUACAUCCUCUUCGCAAGAAGCUGCCGAAUUCACCAAGAUGCUAUAUACAACGAGACUGUCCAAAUAUCGGAACCCAACAUCCUUUAUGACUGCUUGUGAGACACUGUCCACACACUACAACCUCGCAAGCAACCCCGACUUGUUACUUGCACGGGCAGACUUGCUAUACACGCAAUGCCGCUACAAAGACGCUCUAGACAUUACAGAUUCAAUUUUGGCAGAAGACAAGUACAACUUCAGCGUCUAUCCGCUCCACCUGGCCUGCAUGUAUGAGCUCAAGAAGAAGGCAAACCUCUUUCUUGUUGCUCACGAUCUGGCUGACAGCCACCCUGAGGAGCCGGUGACUUGGCUGGCAGUUGGCAUCUACUACUUUGCCAUAGACAAGAUUGCUGAAGCACGGCGUUACUUUAGCAAAGCUAGCAUGAUGGAUGCACAUUUUGGACCAGCCUGGAUUGGAUUCGCGCACACAUUCGCUGCGGAGGGUGAGCACGAUCAGGCGAUCUCAGCAUACUCGACAGCAGCUCGUCUGUUCAUGGGAACUCACCUGCCGCAGGUGUUUCUGGGGAUGCAAAACCAUGCACUCAACAACAUGACGCUUGCGGACGAAUUUCUAAAGACGGCCUACGGUCUCUGCAAGACAGACCCAUUGCUUCUCAAUGAGAUGGGCGUAGUCUACUAUCACCAAGACCGACCCCUUGACGCCGUGAAACUCUUUGUCCGAGCACUGGAGGUUGCCGAAGACAUUGACUCGGAGCCAGCGGCUUGGUUAGCCGCACGCACAAACCUCGCUCAUGCAUAUCGACGCGCUAAAAAGUAUCCUGAAGCGAUGGAGCAGUUUGACGAGGUACUUCGCCUAGGCGGGAAAGAUGCUGCCAUCUUUUCCGCCAAAGGUUUGCUCUUCAUGGAGCUUGGGCAGCCGGAAGAGGCCAUUGUCGUCUUGCAUCAGGCGCUGGCCAUCAAUGCCCAGGACCCUAUCGCCACGGAGCUUCUUAACAAGGCACUGGAGGAGGCUGCAGGGCUCGAGCCCGUAGUAGGUGAAGCACAAAACGAAGCACUAGAUGGAUUUGAAAAGGAGAUGGAAAAGAUCCGAGGACCCAAAAAACAUCGUCCUCCAGUCAAGACACAAAAACCGAGGGCUGUCUCUGCUUACGACAGAACCAGGAUGAGGAUCAUGGGUACAGGAGGCCCAUUGUCUGACGUUGAGAUGGAUGCCAUGGAGUAG